AUGGGGGGCUGCGUGUCGAUCGAGGAGGACCCCAGAGGCCGAGUGGGGCCAGCUCCUAGCCGCUCAUCGUCCCGCGCAACCCACUCAAACCGCGUCGCACCGCAAAGCCCCUCUACAGCAAGCAAGCGCUUGGCCCGCAAGUCCUCCCCAAUGCGAUCCCCCUCUUCCGCUUCCGCUUCCGCUUCCGCGUAUCGGUCCGGGGGACUCCUUCCCAAGUCCAACGAGAGCAACGCCAGUGCCGCCAGCGCCGGCAGCGGAAGCGGCCGCCGAUCGUGCCCUCAAACACCGCGCGGGGGUUCCGGCGGCGGCUUCCGCACGCCACCUGGCAGCGGCGGGCUAGGGUCCGGCCGACGCGGCGGCGCGCUUGCGGAUCGAACGGCUCUGGCGAACGGCGGGGCCGCCAUUUCAUCGCUGCGCGAAUUCUCGUACCAGGAGCUAUUUAUAGCGACGCGGAAAUUCGAAAAGGAGGGAAAGCUGGGGGAGGGCGGAUUCGGGAGCGUUUUCAGGGGAACGAUCGAAGAGGAUGUUUGCGCUUCAGGCGCGGGGGUGGGCGCGGGGAGCGGGGAGAGCGGAAGGCGGAAGGUGCAGGUGGCGGUAAAGGUGCUGAACCAGGGGGGGCAGCAGGGAGAGACGGAAUGGAAGACGGAGGUUCGGUACCUGAGCGAGCUUCGGCACCCGAACCUGGUGCGGCUGGUCGGGUACUGCUCGGACGGGCACCACCGGCUGUUGGCGUACGAGUAUCUUCCGUACGGCAGCCUCGAGAGAUUCCUCUUCACUCGUGAGUUCCUGUUCGCGCCAUCCAGCUCCCUUCCGUGGGCGGUGCGCAUGAAGGUGGCGCUGCACGCGGCCGUUCGACCCCUCGCCUUCAUUGUUGUUCUCAUCUUGCCCCCACCUCCUCCCCUUCCCCCCCGGCUCCCCCCCUCCCCAGGCGCCAUCCAGCCCCUGCCGUGGCCGGUGCGAAUGAAUGUGGCGCUGCACGCGGCCGCUCGCGCCAUCCAGCCGCUGCCAUGGGCGGUGCGCAUGAAGGUGGCGCUGAACGCGGCCGCUCGACCCCUCGCCUUCAUUCUUGUUCUCAUGUUGCCCCCACCUCCUCCCCUUGACCCCCCGUUCCCCUCCCCACCGGGCCCCAUCCAGCCGCUGCCAUGGGCGGUGCGCAUGAAGGUGGCGCUGCACGCGGCCGCUGUUCCCGUAUUUUCCCCCCAUUCUUCUCAUCUCCAUUCCCUUUCCCCCCUUGCUCCCCUCCUCCCCUUCCCCCCUGCAGGCGCCAUCCAGCCCCUGCCAUGGGCGGUGCGAAUGAAGGUUGCGCUGCACGCGGCGCAGGGCUUGGCGUAUUUACACGAGGAGGCGGACCGGCAGAUCAUCUACCGCGACUUUAAGGCGUCCAACAUUCUGCUGGACGAGGACUUCAACGCGAAGCUCUCUGAUUUCGGCCUGGCAAAGGACGGCCCGGAGGGCAACCAGACGCACGUGUCAACCCGAGUCAUGGGCACGUACGGCUAUGCCGCCCCCGAAUACAUGAUGACCGGCCACCUCACCGCCAAGUCAAGAGCUGACAGACACUCAUCCCUCCCUCCCUCCUUCCCUCUUCCCUCCUUCCCCUCCUCCUCCCUGCUUCCACUGCUCACCACAUCCCCUGGCCCCCUAUCUCAGGAUUUCAAUGCAAAGCUCUCUGAUUUCGGGCUGGCAAAGGACGGCCCCGAGGGCAACCAGACGCACGUGUCAACGCGGGUCAUGGGCACAUACGGCUACGCCGCCCCCGAAUACAUGAUGACCGGCCACCUCACCGCCAAGUCAGACGUCUACAGCUUCGGAGUCGUUCUCUUGGAAAUGAUUAGCGGGCGGCGGGCUAUGGAGCCGGAGUUUCCAAAACGGCAGCAGAAUAUUGUCGAGUGGGCUCGGCCGUUUUUAGUCGAUCCGGCAAAGAUGCUGCUAUUGGUGGAUCCGAGGGUGGGCGGCGAGUACUCGGUGAAGGGUGCACAGCGGGCGGCGGUUCUGGCACGCAAGUGUCUGAACAAGGACCCGCACGCGCGGCCUCUAAUGUCGGAAUCGGUUCGGGUGCUUUCCUCGAUUCAGAACUUGACGGAUUUUGCGAGCAAGCUGGAGCAGGCUCAGCGGCUACACGGCGCUUAG